AUGCCUCCAAGAGUAAGAGGACGAGGCAAGGGUCCCAUGCGUGGAGGACCGUCAUCAGCUGGACCAUCACACAGACGCACUCCAUCGGCGUCCUUUUCCACCUCCGACUCUCACGACAUGUGGGGUCAACCUUUUGAGCCGGCAAGACACUCAUUCUCGCUAAGCUCAUCGCCUUCUUUCCACCCGUCCUUUGGGCCAUUUGCUCCAGUCGAGCCCGAACACUCUCACCACUCUCAUCAAUCUCACCAUUCGCACGAGUCUUACCAGUCGCAUCACUCUUUGCAAUCUCACUCGUUUCAUCAUUCUGACUCCCCCUACUCCCCGGGACAGUUCAACCCAGCCGAUUAUGUUAAUGAUUUUCUUGGCUACAACCCAUUGGGCCCUGAGGACCAUUUCUCUCAGGAGAUGGAAAUGGAUAAUGACCCUGACCCGGAAAUGCAAACAGGAACCCCGGGCCACCCUAUCAGCAUGUCUAGUGGGUCACCGUUUCAGGGAUCCCCAUACCAUGGGCCCGACUCGUUCCAGGAGAAAAUGGCUACAUAUGAUUGGUUCUUUACCCCAUCUUACCAUAGCUCUCCAGCCCAACCACCUUUGGAAGAUCCUCAACUUCAAGCUGUCUCACCACCACCACUCCCGGUAGAGGAGCCACCGCAGCAGCCACCGCAGCCACCUCCCGAGCCUCCGAGGCGAAGGAGGAACGCACGCAUGUCCGUAAGAGGAGGACCCCGUUUCAGUUCUUCUCAUGGUUCGAGUUCCUAUCCCCCUAUUCCAGAGGACCCUCAGAUGGGUGGGCCCACAAACGCGGCACCGGAGGCUAAUCCUCCGUAA